AUGGCUACCACCUCUAAGUGUUCGAAAGGGCCUAAUGACGACGACUUGCCUAAGCGGCCACACUUGGAACUCUUCAACUACGAUCCAUCGGAGUCAAAUCAGCUUUCCUUUCACAUAUUCUCUCAACUACCAGUGGAGCUCCGCCUGCUCGUAUGGAACCACGCCCUCCGGUGCAAUCGCUUGCUGCAUGUGACUGUUGAGGAGGUGGGGGAUAGAAAUCUCUCUUGUCAUACCAGAUAUACGCUCCUUAACGCCUUAGGUAGGCCUAUGACCGGAAAUCACUAUAGAGUUGUCAUAAAACCCCGAGGCCCAUUCCUUUCAAGGCUUAUGAGAGUAAACCGCGAGUCUCGAGAAGCCACCCUAGCUUUCUACCAUGUGAAGCUACCAUGCUACCUCGGAUCCAAUCCUCACAGCGAGAAGAGGACACUCUCACUGAACCUAGAUUGGGAUUACCUUAAAAUCGCAGCCGGACCAUCAUGGAACAACAUAUUUAUUGACUUCAUCCACGACCUUCGCGCCCUGGACCCCCAAGGCCGUGGUCUCCAACACCUUGUCAUCAAUGACAACUUCAGUGCAUCAUCCACCAACAACGAAUCUCACCCGAGAAGAGAAGAUAUCAUGGCAUUCGAGCCCCCUGGCAUCGAUAAUACCGCUAUGGAAGCUUUCGCGGCUACUGUGCGAAACCUCAAGAGCAUUUGGUUCAUGUGUGUCCAUCCUGGUGGCCGCGCCCUCGAUGUGCUGACCUAUACCCACGCACACGUCUUCAACUACGGCUUUCCUAUCUUUCCGGCCUUUACUUUCUUUGACCGUCCAACUCGGGACCCGCGAAACAUUUCGCGCGAUCUGCUGAAAGUAUGGGGUGGCGUGCAUGACCCACGCGAGAAACCUUUCGGCUGGCGGAGCCUGCUACGUAACCUCACUAUCGACCCGGACGAGCUCGAUCCGUCAGUGGACGUUCGUGUGAUGAUUGGUUCCAACCAGGAGUAUAACGUCCGCAGCCGCGCGGAUGCUAUCGGGUACCUUCAGGAAGAGGACUUUGAGUGGCUGAGGCUGCAGUGGUGGUUCCGUGGCUGGGAGGGCGAAGGAUGGAACGGUAACCGGCCAGCGGGAUGCUUUGGAACGGCAUCUGGACUGAGGCCUAGCUUGCCUAGUUUCGACGGCCCAGAAGUGCUUUCUGUGGCGCCACGUCCGGCGUUGGGAUUCUGGUUGUUCCCCCCAGAGGCUUUUGGGGAGAUGCGCGAAGAGGAGUCUCCAGGUUGGCUUAAGAUCAAGGGAAUUUUUAACUUGAGUAGCGAUUGGCCUGAUCUUGCACUUGCACACAUAAACUGA